AACGACUGAGUUUUGAAACAGAAACAUACGAUGCUACAUAGGCAUUAGGGAGAGACAGAAGCAAACAAACAACAAAGUUGAGUGACAAAUAUUGUUCCAUGAUAUUCCAUUCCCAUCAUCUUCUCAACAAACUCAAAUUCAAAUUCAAAUUCAAAAAACACUUUUCUUUUUCAUUCUCUUCUUCUUCUUCUUCUUCAUCUUCAAACCUUCUUCAUCUCUGCACUCAUUCCCAAACCCUUUCACAAACAAACCAACUUCACGCUUUCUCCAUUCUCAAUGCUUUCCUCCCUCACAGUGUCUCCAUCUCCGCCUCUCUCAUUCUUAAAUACGCCUCCUUUCGACACCCCGAAACUUCACUCAUCCUCUUCCAAAACACUCUUCCAUUUUCCAAAACUGCUUUCUUGUGGAACACGCUUAUUCGUGCUUAUUCCAUUGCUGGUUUUUUUGAUGGGUUUGGUGUUUAUAACACCAUGGUUCGUUCUGGUGUUAAACCUGAUGAUCAUACUUACCCUUUUGUUUUAAAGGCUUGUUCUGAUUAUUUAAAGUUUGAUAAGGGUAGGGAGGUUCAUGGUGUUGUGUUUAAGGUUGGUUUUGAUAAGGAUGUUUUUGUUGGAAAUACGCUUUUGAUGUUUUAUGGUAAUUGUGGUUUUUUUGUUGAUGCGAUGAACGUGUUUGAUGAAAUGUUUGAGAGGGAUAAGGUGUCGUGGAAUACUGUUAUUGGUUUGUGUUCUGAUCGGGGUUUUCACGAGGAGUCGCUUUGUUUUUUUAAGGAAAUGGUUGUGGCUGCGCCGGUAGUUAGACCGGAUUUGGUUACUGUUGUUAGUGUGUUGCCGGUUUGUGCGGAUAGUGAGAAUGUCGUCAUGGCGAGAAUUGUGCAUGGUUAUGUUUUUAAGGUUGGUUUGUCGGGUCAUGUAAAGGUUGGAAAUGCGUUGGUUGAUGUUUAUGGGAAAUGUGGGAGUGAGGAGGCUUGCAAGAAAGUUUUUGAUGAAAUGGAUGAGAGAAAUGAGGUUUCUUGGAAUGCUGUUAUUACUGGUUUUUCUUUUAGAGGGCUUUCUAUGGAUGCUUUGGAUGCGUUUAGGUCGAUGAUUAAUACAGGAAUGAGACCAAACCCAGUCACAAUUUCGAGUAUGCUACCUGUAUUAGGAGAGUUAGGACUUUUUAAGUUAGGAAUGGAAGUACAUGGAUAUAGUUUAAGGAUGGGUAUCGAGUCUGAUAUUUUUAUUGGUAACUCAUUGAUAGAUAUGUAUGCGAAAUCGGGAUCGUCGCGUGUAGCGUCUACUAUAUUUAACAAAAUGGGAGAUAGAAACAUUGUGUCAUGGAAUUCUAUGGUUGCAAAUUUUGCUCAGAACAGACACCAUUUUGCAGCGGUAGAAUUAUUGAGACAAAUGCAAGCUCAUGGAGAAAACCCCAACAAUGUGACUUUCACAAAUGUUCUUCCAGCAUGUGCAAGAUUAGGUUUCCUGAAUGUUGGAAAAGAAAUUCACGCCAGGAUAAUUCAAACUGGAUGCGCCACUGAUUUGUUUCUGUCCAAUGCUCUGACAGACAUGUAUUCAAAAUGUGGACAUUUAAGCCUUGCGCGAAAUGUUUUCAAUGUCUCUAUCAAGGAUAAAGUUUCCUACAAUAUACUAAUUAUAGGCUAUUCUCAAACAACUAACAGCUCAGAGUCUCUAAAUUUGUUUUCAGAAAUGAGACUUUCCGGUAUGACGCCUGACAUUGUUUCGUUCAUCGGUAUCAUAUCCGCUUGUGCACAUCUGUCUUCCAUAAAACAAGGUAAGGAGAUUCAUGGACAUCUGGUAAGAAAGCUUUUCCAUACUCAUCUUUUUGCAGCAAAUUCCCUUCUGGAUUUGUAUACCAAGUGUGGUCGAAUAGAUCUUGCAACUAAAGUCUUCGACCGUAUUCAACACAAAGAUGUAGCCUCAUGGAAUACCAUGAUUUUAGGGUAUGGUAUGCGUGGUGAAUUCGAAACUGCAAUCAACCUCUUUGAAGCAAUGAAGGAAGAUGGUGGUGUGGAAUACGAUUCAGUUUCAUAUAUUGCAGUUUUAUCGGCAUGUAGUCAUGGAGGACUAAUCGAGAAAGGGAAUAAAUAUUUUAAGCAAAUGCAAGAUUAUAAUAUUGAGCCAACACAUACGCACUAUGCUUGUAUGGUUGAUCUUCUUGGAAGAGCAGGCCAAAUUGAAGAAGCUGCAAACCUUAUUAGAGGCUUAUCUUUUGAACCUGAUGCUAAUAUAUGGGGUGCACUACUUGGAGCUUGCAGGAUAUAUGGGAAUGUGGAAUUGGGUCAUUGGGCGGCCGAGCAUUUGUUUAAAUUGAAACCUGACCAUUGUGGAUACUAUAUACUGCUUUCAAAUAUGUAUGCUGAGGCUGGAAGAUGGGAUGAGGCAAAUAUGGUAAGGGAAUUGAUGAAAUCAAGGGGAGCUAAGAAAAAUCCUGGUUGUAGUUGGGUUCAAAUUGGAGACCAAGUGCAUGGUUUUCUAGUUGGUGAGAAAAUAGAAAGCUUAGAUACUGGAUUUUGAUUACAUUCCUUGGGAUAUGUAAUUGUUGAUUUUCUGAAAAUUUGUGUAUAUCAAAUUUAUUUAUCAAUCUGUUAUGUUACAAGUAGAUAAUUCUCAUUCUAUCACUGAGUUUCUCUACCCUCUUCCAAUGAUGUUAUGGUUUUAUCUUCCUAUUUUCAUUUCUGCAUUUCCUUUAUC